AUGGCUACUCAAUUUUUUUCGAAAUUAAGUCAAAAUUAUAUUGAAUUAUUAAAAGAUGAUGAAUAUUAUGAUAUCACAAUUGAAGUUGGCGAAGAUCCCAACGUAAAAAUAUUUCGUGCCCAUAUGAAUAUUUUGUGCUAUCGUUCACCAUAUUUGCGACGAACUUUGGAUUCAAACAAAAAGAAAAAUGAUAAUGUCUUGGCUCAUAUUAAACUAUCAAAUACAUCACCAGAAAUCUUCCAAAUAGUUUUAAAGUAUAUUUAUGGUGGUAUCCUUUCAUUAGAUAAUAAAAAUACUUCGGAUUUUCUUAAAGUAUUGGCUACUGCAGAUAAGCUUAUUCUUCAAGAACUAGUUGAUUAUUUACAAGGAUAUUUAAUUGAAAAUGAGUCCGAAUG